GGAAGGAUAUGUAAGGGCUUUAGAGUUCAAGGCAUUCGGUGGAGUCUUCUCGGGGAAGAUGUCGGCUUUGACGAUGGAAGCCCGUUGUCUAGACAAGAGAGGAAGCUUCUUUAAGCUCAUUGACACAAUCGCCUCAGAAAUCGGAGAACUGAAACAGGAGAUGGUGCAGACAGAUCUCGCCCUGGAGGAUGAACCCGCUGCUUUGCAAAGCCGAGUAAAGGAAAUGGAUAAUGUCUCUCCUGAGAAAAAGGAUGUAAAAGGCUGUCCCCGGGACUCUGGCUAUGACAGCCUGUCCAACAAGCUCAGCAUCUUGGACAAGCUUCUCCACACUCACCCCGUGUGGCUGCAGCUGGGCCUGAACGAUGCUGAAGCCACGGAGAUCCUGCAGACCCAGCCGCCCGGGAUAUUUCUGGUUAGGAAAUCAGCAAGACUGCAGAAAAAGGUCAUUUCUCUGCGCCUGCCUGGUGAAUGCGGGUCCUGCCUGAAAGAAUUUGCAAUUAAAGAAAGCACAUACACCUUUUCCUUGGAGGGCUCUGGAAUAAGUUUUGCUGAUCUAUUCAGGCUCAUUGCUUUCUACUGUAUUAGCAGGGAUGUCCUGCCGUUCACCCUGAAGUUGCCUCAUACUAUUGCAGCAGCAAAGACAGAAGCUGAACUUGAAGAGAUUGCUCAGCUCGGACUGAAUUUCUGGAGCUCCCCGGCUAACAGUGACCCCCCGGCUCCUUCGCCUCCAUCCCGGCCCGCUCCCGCAGACGCCGCUCGGAAGGACGGGCGCCAGCUCUGCCUCAUAAAUGGCGUGCACGCGAUCCGGACCCGCACGCCCUCGGAGCUGGAGUGCAGCCAGAGCAACGGCGCGCUCUGCUUCAUCAAUCCCCUCUUCUUAAAAGUGCACAGCCAGGACGCGAGCGGGAGCCUGAAAAGGCAGACCGCCUCCAAGAAGAGCCCGGCGGCGAACGGUGAGUCACCAGCGCCGUGGGAUGGAGGGCGGCAGAGGCUGAGCGACAUGAGCAUUUCCACCUCGUCCUCCGACUCGCUCGACUUCGACCGCAGCAUGCCCUUGUUCGGCUACGAGGGGGACACCGCCAGCAGCCUGGAGGACUUUGAGGGCGAGAGCGACCAGGAGAGCAUGGCCCCUCCUUUGAAGCCCAAGAAGAAAAGGAACAGCUCGUUCGUCCUGCCCAAGAUUGUGAAGUCUCAGCUGCGGAAAGUCAGCGGUGUUUUCAGCUCCUUCAUGACCCCCGAGAAGAGGAUGAUAAAGAAAAUCGCGGAGAUGUCCCAGGACAAGCGCACCUACUUCGGGUGCUUAGUGCAGGACUACGUGAGCUUUCUCCAGGAGAACAAGGAGUGCCACGUCUCCAGCACCGACAUGCUGCAAACCAUCCGGCAGUUCAUGACCCAAGUCAAGAACUACUUGGCCCAAAGCUCCGAACUUGACCCCCCGAUCGAAUCCCUGAUCCCGGAGGACCAAAUAGAUGUGGUGCUGGAGAAGGCCAUGCACAAGUGCAUCCUGAAGCCGCUGAAGGGCCACAUUGAAGCUGUCCUGAAGGAGUUCCACACUGCGGACGGAUCUUGGAAGCAGCUGAAGGAAAACCUGCAGCUGGUGCGGCAGAGGAAUCCUCAGGAGCUGGGGGUGUUUGUUCCCACGCCGGACUUUGUGGACGUUGAAAAGAUCAAAGUCAAGUUCAUGACCAUGCAGAAAAUGUAUUCACCUGAAAAGAAAGUCAUGCUGCUACUGAGAGUUUGCAAAUUGAUUUACACUGUGAUGGAGAAUAACUCAGGGAGGCUGUAUGGAGCUGAUGACUUCUUGCCUGUGCUGACAUACGUAUUAGCCCAGUGUGAUAUGCUAGAGCUGGAUACUGAAAUUGAAUACAUGAUGGAGCUGCUGGAUCCCUCGUUACUCCACGGAGAAGGAGGCUACUACUUGACGAGCGCGUACGGAGCUCUGUCCUUGAUCAAGAACUUCCAGGAGGAACAAGCUGCCCGGCUGCUGAGCUCGGAAGCCAGAGAUACCCUCCGGCAGUGGCACAAAAGGAGGACAACUAACAGAACGAUACCUUCAGUUGAUGAUUUUCAGAAUUACCUUCGAGUUGCAUUCCAGGAAGUUAACAGUGGAUGUACAGGAAAGACCUUGCUAGUAAGACCAUACAUCACUACGGAAGAUGUGUGCCAGCUCUGUGCUGAGAAGUUUAGAGUGGACAAUCCAGCAGAUUACAGCCUCUUCCUUUUUGUUGAUGACACCUGGCAGCAACUGACAGAAGACACCUACCCGCAGAAGAUCAAGGCCGAGCUGCACAGCCGCCCGCAGCCCCAGGUCUUCCACUUCGUCUACAAGCGCAUCAACAGCGAUCCCUAUGGUGCCAUUUUCCAAAACAACGACGAUCCUGCUUCUUAAAACCAGCAGCUUGUUGUUGAAUUCAUGUUGCUCGUUAGCUAAAAACGCCUUUGCCGCCUACCUGGGGAGGUAAAACAGGGUAUGCAGGUCUUAAACCACAGAUGCCUAGUAAAACACGUGCCGACGCUUGUAG